AUGGAUAAUAUAGUGUUAUCAGUAAGGAUCAUGCGAAUGGAAGGCAGUUUACGUCGGUUCUGGACAGCGCUGACGCGGAAGAAACAGAAUGAAGACGACGGUUCCGAGUCGAAGUUGGCCCGCGUCCUAACGCUGCUCGACCUGACCGGGCUCGGUGUGGGCAGUACGCUCGGGCUGGGUGUGUACGUUCUGGCCGGUUCGGUGGCACGCGAACAGGCCGGCCCGGCAGUUGUUGUUUCGUUUCUGGUGGCGGCCGUCGCUUCCGCCAUUGCCGCGCUGUGCUAUGCCGAGUUUGCCGCACGUGUACCGAAGGCUGGAUCCGCCUACGUCUACAGUUACGUGAGCAUUGGCGAGUUUACCGCAUUUACGAUCGGUUGGAAUCUGAUCUUGGAGUACGUGAUCGGCACGUCGAGUGUGGCCCGUGGCAUGAGCGGCUACAUUGACUCACUGGUUGACAACAAGAUCAGUAAUGCGAUGCGCGAUGCUAUGCCGAUGGACGUCGACUUCCUGUCGGACUAUCCGGACUUUUUCUCGUUCGUCGUCGUGCUGAUUUUGGCCGGUCUGCUAGCGUACGGCGUAAAGGAAUCGACCCUGAUGAACAACAUCUUCACCGGCGUGAACCUGAUCGUGAUCGGGGUGGUACUUGUGGCCGGUGGCAUAAACUGCGAUCCCGACAACUGGACCAUCGAUCCGAAAGACAUUCCGCCGGGCUACAAUGGUGGGGCGGGUGGUUUUGCACCGUUCGGGUUUGCCGGUAUAAUGGCCGGUGCUGCCAAAUGUUUCUACGGGUUCGUCGGGUUCGACUGUAUCGCUACGACUGGCGAGGAAGCGAAGAACCCGGAACGCAACAUUCCGCUCGCGAUCGUGAUCUCACUUAUCAUCAUUUUCCUCGCGUACUUCGGCAUCUCGACGGUGCUGACGAUGGCUUUACCCUACUAUCUCCAGGAUCCCGAAGCACCUUUCCCACAUCUGUUCGAAUCGAUUGAAUGGUACGCGAUUAAAUGGAUCGUAUCCAUCGGUGCGAUUUUCGCCCUCUGUACCAGCUUGCUUGGUGCAAUGUUCCCGCUUCCCCGAGUCCUGUAUGCCAUGUCAUCGGAUGGUAUAAUCUAUAAGAAGCUUCAGACGGUUCAUCCCAAAACGCAAACACCCGUACUGGCUACGUUGCUGUCCGGGCUGCUGGCAGCUAUCAUGGCAGCCCUGUUCAAUCUCCAACAGCUGAUCGAUAUGAUGUCCAUCGGUACGUUGCUGGCCUACACGAUCGUCGCGGUCAGUGUGCUGGUGUUGCGUUACCAAACGGAGGAACUGCUCACUAGCUCCGAAUUCAGUGUGACCGUGCCGGAAGUAAUUCGACAGCUAGUGAAUCGCGACCGGCUUUCAGCACCCACGCAGCUAUCAUCGGCGGUGGUGAAGGUUAGCGUUUGUAUUUUUGCCGUGUUCGUAUGCGGUGCUUGCGGAAUUCUAGUACCGGCCGAGGACUACAUCAACACAGACUAUCCAGGCGUCAUCGCUGGUCUCGCAGUGCUCGUUACCAUUCUCGUCCUACUGUUCAUUGUCAUUCUCAUGCAGCCAACGGACAACGUGAAGCUUACGUUCAAAGUGCCACUCGUGCCGCUGUUACCGCUGAUUAGUGUGUUCUUCAACCUGUACCUCAUGUUCCAGCUCGAUUCCGGCACCUGGAUUCGUUUUGCCGUGUGGAUUGCGGUCGGAUAUUUCAUUUACUUCAGCUACGGUAUCCGCCACUCGAUAGAGGGUGAACGAUUGCUCACAAAGGCAGAGCUGGCCGCAUCCAAGGCAAACGGUAUCGACAAUACCGGCUACGAUGGUGCUUCGGAUACGAUGGACCGCAAGAAUUCCAGCCAAUUUCAAGGCGCACCAUCGUACGCAAUAGCGAACGAAGCGAUGUAG